AUGGAAGCAAAAGAAGCAGAAGCAAAAGCAGAGCGAACAGCGACGACAACAUGGAACAGAGAAACAAUCCCAAAAGUAAUGAAAAUUGUCAGCACGAGACUUCCUCACAGAGACCUCAUUUCUCUUUUACUUGUCAGCCCUUGGCUUUACAGGACACUCACCUCAUACCCCUCUCUCUGGAUGGUUCUUGAUUUUCGUGAGAUGAAUAAAGCUGGAGAUAGAAUCAUUGCUGCUAUUUCACUGCCAAGAUAUCAGCAUUUGAAACAGAUAAACCUAGAAUUUGCACAAGAUAUCGAAGACAAACAUCUAGAAGUCCUGCGAAGCAAGUACUUUGUUUCUCUUCAAAACCUGGAGUCUUUAAAUCUGAAUGGCUGCCAGAAGAUAUCUGACAAAGGAAUAGAAGCGAUAACAAGUACUUGUUCUAAACUGAAGGUCUUCUCUAUUUAUUGGAAUGUCAGGGUAACAGACAAUGGUAUAAAGCAUUUGGUGGAAAAUUGCAAACAUAUCAUUGAUUUGAACUUAAGUGGAUGUAAGAAUAUAUCUGACAAAAGCUUGCAAUUAAUUGGUGAAAGAUAUCAAGACUUGGAGUCAUUGAACCUGACUAGGUGCAUCAAGCUGACAGAUGGUGGCUUGCAACAAAUAUUAUCCAAGUGUGCCUCUCUACAGAGUUUAAAUCUUUAUGCCCUUUCCAGCUUCACAGACAAAGCCUAUAAGAAGAUAUCAAGUCUACCCCAUCUAAAAUUUUUAGAUCUAUGUGGUGCCCAGAAUCUAUCUGAUGAAGGACUCUCUUGUAUAGCUAAAUGCAAGAAUAUUGUCUCACUCAAUUUGACAUGGUGUGUUCGUGUCACUGAUGUGGGGGUUAUCGCUAUUGCUGAAGGUUGCACCUCUCUUGAAUUUCUCAGUGAAAGCUUUGCCAAGCUUGAACCUUUUGCUCAUGGUGAACUGUGCCAAACUAAUGUACCCUGGCGUAGCUUGUUUGGAAUAGUUGGUGUGACGGAUAAGUGUCUAGAGGUCCUGUCGAGGUUCUGCUCAAACACAAUUACAACCCUCGAUGUAAAUGGAUGUAUUGGCAUAAAGUUAAUAGUCAGCAGAAUUGGUAAUGAGCCUCUACAUCAGUGGUUCUCUAGUGCAAUUGGUGUGACGGAUAAGUCUCUGGAGGUCCUGUCGAGGUUCUGCUCAAAUACAAUUACAACCCUCGAUGUAAAUGGAUGUAUUGGCAUAAAGUCAGCAGAAUUACUAAUGAGCCUGUACAUCAGUGGUUCUCUAGCGCAAAUCAGAACUGCUGAACUGGAGAUGUGCACUGCUGUAAGACUGGGUGAUGCUGGGGGAAUAUGA